AUGACAGAAAUCGACUUCCCAGACGCAGAUACAGACUCCUGCAACGAGCAAUGGGCCUCCAUCUGCACAAGCUACGAAAAGUCCCUAUCCACCCUGGCCGCCAAAAAGCGAGACCUGGAACUCCGCAACGACGAAAUGGUCAGAAUCAACGCCAGUCUAAACGCAAACUAUAGAGUGCUCAAGGCGACGAUUUCUGAAAUAUCAGCUGAAAAGAAAGAGCUGGUAACCCGAAACAACAUGUUGCAGAAACGUCUUGAUUAUCUGAGGGAAAUCUCUGGAUAUGGAGAUCUUUUUCGGAGGCAGAAGCAGAGUCUCGAUGAAAGUAUCUGUGCGGAGUCUUGGGAGAGGAAUAGGAUUUUUGGGGCGAGGGUUCCUGUUCUGAAGGGAGAUGGUCACGACACUCCCGCUAUAACUGUCAAUGCUCAGGCUGAGAAGCGCGACUGCGAUGACCGAAAGCAUGACACGAGCAGCCUCGAACUCAUCUGUGACUGUGGGAAAAUUUCCAAGGUAUCCGACGAUAACCUGACCAGCAUCAAAGUCAAGCCUAGCCCCAGUACCCCCAAGUCAUGCCAGUGCGAAUGCCAGAAGGGAAGGGCAAGGCACAAAAGGGCCAAAAACAAGACCAACACACCAGCGGGAGCGGAAGACCAUAAUACAUCCCCCGAUCCGUCGACACCAACGAGCCUGGGAAUCACAAGCAGAAGCUCAGACUUACCGCAAGAGUUACCGCCUGGGAUAGAAUUCUUGAUGGGCCUCAUUCUCCUUGGUCUGAUCUUGCUAAUCCUUGUUUGA